CGACACAAUAUAAAUAUGGGAGGAGGUGAAUCAAAGGAGCAAUCAGGUGAAUCAAAGGAGCAAUCAGAUGAUAUGGUCCCAGAACCUUGGAGAACGAUGGAUUGGGGCAAGAUAAAGGAUGAGCUGGAGUGGCUGGAGUCAUUCCGCCCUCAAAGUGACAAUGUCAAGCAUCUUAGAGUCCUUCUGUGUGGUCCUUGUGGAAGUGGAAAAUCCAGUUUCAUCAAUUCUGUUGACAGUAUUUGUCAAAAAAGGAUAACCGGUCCUGCAGAUGCCAAUAACGCUCAAGAAGCUGACCCAGAACUGGCCAAAACCGCCGGACAGUCUUACACCCUCAAAUACAAAACCCAUCGAAUCCAAAAAGGGACGCCAGGACAAUAUUACCCGUUUGUCUUCAACGACGUCAUGGGCUUGGAAUCGACCAAUGGAAUCUUACUGGAGGACAUUGAACUGACCAUGAAGGGACAUGUGAAAGAUAAUUACAAGUUUGAUCCUAAGACACCUUUGGAUGACUCAAACGAUUGCUACAUCAACAACCCCACUCCAGAUGACAAAGCACACAUCUUGGUCUUUGUUCUUGCUGUCGACAUCAUUCAUGUGGCAGACCCAAGGAUGUUUAUGAAAAUGACUGAGAUCAGACUUGCAGCCAGAGACCUUGAUAUUCCACAAAUAGCCAUUCUAACAAAAAUCGAUGAGAAAUCUUGCCAUCUCGUGAAAAAAGACCUUAAAAAUGUCUACAGCAGCACGAACAUCAAGAAUGCGAUGGAGAAGCUCAGUAAUACUGUGGGAUUCCCACUGAACUGCAUCUUUCCCCUGAAGAACUACCAUGGAGAAAUCGAAUUGAAGGAUGAAGUGGAUAUGCUGAUUCUAACUGCUCUCAGAAAGAUCCUUGAUCUUGCAAAUGACCGUGUAAAUGCUACCGGUGUUGCAGCUGCUAACCAAACAGCCAACAAUGUCAAUAGAACCUAAUAAGUUGAAAGGGACAAUGUGCAAAAA